GCUCCCUGCAACCAAAGCCGACGCCAAGUGCCCGCGAUUCAGCCAGCGCUUCGUCUUCACCAACGAUAUUGAGCAAACAUGCCCUCCGAUAACGGCCGGUCCAAGGGCAAAAGCUCGGCUGGCAAGGCGCCUGCCAAGACAUCUGCUGCCCCUUCGGCCGUCACCAUGGACCCACGUUUCUUCCGAGUCCACAACGACCCUCGCUUCAUCCGACCCAAGCGAGAUGAUAACAAAAUCAAGAUUGACCGGCGCUUCGAGAAGAUGCUGGGCAGCAGCGAGUUUGGCUCAUCCAAAGGACCCAAGGUUGACAAAUAUGGCCGCAAAACCAAGCAAAGCACCGCAGAUGACAUGAAGCGCUUCUAUCAGCUGGAGGAUGAGGAAAAGGAUGAGGAAAAGGAUGAGGAUGAAGAUGAAGAUGAAGAUGAAGAUGAAGAUGAGAUGAAGAUGAGGAUGAGGAAGGCGACCCCGGGAGGCUUCGACUUGGCUCGUGGUGAGGGCUUGGUCGAGUCCUCUGAUGAAGACGACGAGGAGAAUCUGGACGAGGACGAGUCGGAGGAAGACGAAGAGGAGGAGGAACAGAUUCCAACAGGCGAAGAGACCACUCGAUUUGCUGUCGUCAAUAUGGACUGGGACUACAUCAAGGCCAAGGAUCUGUUCAAGCUCUUUGAAAGCUUUAAACCCGCCAACGGCCAGGUCGUCUCGGUCAAGAUCUACGUGUCUGACUUUGGCAAAGAGCGGCUGGAGAAGGAAUCCCGCGAGGGUCCUCCAAAGGAGAUCUUUGUGUCAUCGAACGACGAUCAAUUGAUCAGCCAGACAACCGGCGAGGACUUUGACUCGGACAAACUGCGUGCCUACCAGCUGGAUCGGCUGCGAUACUACUAUGCUGUCGUCGAGUGCGACUCGGUCGAGACCGCAAAGUCGAUAUACACUGACUGUGACGGAGUCGAGUACGAAAAGUCGUCCAACGUCUUUGAUCUGCGGUUUAUUCCGGAUGGCAUGGACUUUGACGAAGACAACCUGAAGGAGUCUGCUUUUGAGGCGCCUGCAGUCUACGACGCUGUCGAGUUUACCACUCAAGCUCUCCAACACUCUUCGGUCAAACUUACCUGGGACGAAGACGACCACGAUCGAGUGCGCGUGACCCGAAGGAAGUUCACCAAAGACGAGCUGAAAGAUAUGGACUUCAAGGCGUACGUUGCCUCUGCCUCGGAAGAGUCCGAUGCAUCUGAUUCGGAGGAGCUGGCUGCAAAGUACAAGAACCUGCUCAAGGGCACGGACGGAGGCGAUGGCGACCAGGAAAGAGAGGGCGAGGAGCUGGAGAUUACCUUCGCACCCGGACUGAGCGAGAAGGCGACCGAGCUACUCGAAAAGAAGAAGGAGAAGGCCGCGCAGAAGGACGAGACUGUGUUUGAGACGUAUCUGCGAAAGAAGAAGGAGAAGAAGAAGGAGCGUCGAGCUGCAAAGAAGGCUGGUCAGGCGGACGAAGAAUCGGGCAGUGAUGAAGCCAGCAAUCCCAUGUUCGACAAUGUCGACGAGGACGACGAGGACCCGUUCUUCCAGUACGAUUUUGGCGCUGACUACGUCGAUCCUAGCCGACCAAGCAAAGCCGAGCCCGGACUGUCCAAGAAAGAAGAGCGCGAGAAGAAACGGCAGGCAAAGAAGGAAGCGGAGGCGGAGCGUGCCAAGCUGGAGCUGCUGAUGAUGGACGAGCUCGCUGGGCAGACACGGCACUUUGACCAGCGCGAGGUGAUCAAGAAGGAGAAGCUCACCAAGGUCAAGGGCAAAGCAGCGAAAAAGAGUGCCCGCAAGGCGGCCGAACUUAGCGCGGCACAGGACGACUUUGAGAUCAACGUUGCCGAUCCGCGCUUUUCGUCGCUCAUGGAUUCACAUCACUUUGCCAUCGAUCCCACCAACCCACAUUUCAAGAAAACCACGGCGAUGCAGAAGAUCCUGGAGAAGCGCUCGACUGUCGCGGCCGAGAAGGAGACGACGACCCUCCGGCCCGAGAAGGCUCAGCAGCAACGAGGACAAUCCAGCACAAAGGCCGAGCUCAGUCAACUGGUCGAGUCCGUCAAGAGAAAGCACGCCGUGGCAACCGAGAGCAAAGCGGGCGGAAAGCGGGCAAAGAUUGGCCGCACAUAGCCGAGCCAGCAGACGCCGGGUGUUGCCGCCAGGACCCCGGACUUGUUACGGCAUGUGGGUGAGUGGGCUGCGAUGGCGACAUCCCACCCGACCACGGAUGAUGUCUCUGAUGGCUGGGCGGGCUCGUGGAUUGACGACCGCCGGAAUGCCGUGCCGGUCUGUUGUGUGCUGGCUGCUUGAGGCAGACAAUUGCCGGCUGGCUGCACCGUCCGACGCCGUGCCAAAGCGUCAUACACAAACGAACAAUCCAAAAUGCUCUGUGCACAUGUCGCACAAACGCAUUCACAA